AUGUCAGACGAUGAGGUGGACUCCGAUCUUUUGGAGCUCCUCCGCAAAUCCCUGGGCAUAGAUGGCAACAGUUCGCCUAGACCUGCUAAAACAGGGGUCCUGGAGGAUGCGGAAUACAUCUACGACAAUUCUACUGACGUGGCAUUGGACAUGCGAGGGACCAAGGUCGCUGCUUCAUUGAUCUGGACAUUGAUACAAGAAAAGCAAUACAGCACUCGAGACUGGUCGAAGCAUGAACUGCAUCCCAAAGCCAAGGAUGAAAGUACCGUGGAUUUCAUUUUCCUUAUGGAUUUGCUCAACUUUUGCUUCUGGUCCGACGGUGCAUUACCCGAGCAGUACGCCGUUGAGUAUCGCGGCAAGACGUGGACGGGCUACUGGAGCCUUGUUGCGGCCAUCCAGCGAGCUCUCGAUGAAGGAAUACCGAUAACAAGCCCAUCUUUCUGGAUAAAUGAAGGGAAAUGCACCGAUGCUUUACUCCAGCAUGUAUUCAGAACGUCGGCCAAUUCCCCGCCAAUGCCUCUUCUGGGAGACAGGAUUUACUGCUUACGAGAGGCUGGAUACGUCUUACGAGACCAGUUUGAGGGGACUUUUACCACUUGCAUUGAGCAAUGCAAAGGAUCUGCUGCCGCUCUAGUCAAACUCAUCGUUGACAAUUUCCCCUGCUUGGACGAUCGUCACAGGUUCGAAGACACCACAGUCCGUUUCCACAAGCGGACACAGAUCCUAGUCGCAGACCUCUGGGCCUGCUUCGAAGGCGAAGGCUUUGGCUCUUUCCACGACAUCGAUCAGAUCACCAUGUUCGCAGACUACAGAAUCCCUCAGAUGCUCCACUCACUCGGCUGCCUCCAGUACAGUCCACCUCUAGAGUCUCACAUCCGGCAAAAGAGAGCCAUUGAGAGCGGUCACCCGUGGGAGAUUCAAUUGCGUGGAUGCAGCAUCUGGUGCGUCGAGCUUCUGAGGCGGGAGAUUCGGCGUCAGCACCCGGAGACGCACCUCAAUGCUAUCCUGAUCGAUUUCUUCCUCUACGAUACCAUGAAGGAAAUGGAGACGAAAGGCCAUGACUGCAUCCCCCAUCAUCGCACUCGAAGCAUCUGGUAUUGA